GGGAGAAGGGCAUCCUAGGGUGUGAUGCUUGGUUGAUCGAGCCGGCUACCGGCACGGAUGGUACUUUUACUUGUACACUACUACUGUAGAGGUCGGGGCUCCAAGAAAGCCAUUCCGGAGAAGAACCACUAAAGUCCAGCCGAGAGUCGGUUAACCUGCGCGAUGGCUGCACAAACGUGUCGGACAAGAGACGCCUGUGGCGUUACAUUCAACAUCCACCGAGUCAACGGACACUCUGGCGACACGUUGCCCUGUCAGCGAGUAGGAGAACUUAACGUGGAAGGUAGUCAUCGGCAGAGCAGGGGAUGGGUUCACUGAGAAACGGCUAUAAAGAGAAGUCAGUCUCCCCCCAACGUCUGCCAGAAGUCAUCCUCCAAGCCUCAAGUCAAACCUCAAGACAACCGCCAAGAUGGUCAACCUCGCCCUUCCUCUGGCCGCCCUUGCCAUGGCUGCAUCCGUAGCCGCCGCCCCUGCCGCAACCAACGGAACAGUCUUCUCCUUUGCGCAGUGGGUGGAGGAUAUCAUUGCCAACCCCGACACGGCUCUCACGGUGGACGAGGCCUUUGCAGCUGCCCAAGCCGCUGACGUGGUUGGCGCUGCCGGGGGCCUUCAAAAGAGAGUGAGGUGCGAGGUUCCCGGCUGGACGCGCGCUCCUGGACGCGAUGCUGCCUGGUGCGUCGACUACCUUGCCCGCAUCGGCCAGGGUGGACAGCAGUGUGUCCUCGACAGGGGCAACAUACAGAUGUGCCGCCGAGGUGGCGCACAGAUUGUCGCCAGCCAGGCAAGAUCCGAGCGGUUGUCGGCAAACUGCAACGAUGUCGCUCGCACUGCAGGAAUUAUCUUUGAUAACUGCUGGCGAUCGGACGAUACCAUUCUCGGCAGCGAGAUCUGCAUCACCGAAAACCGGAUGCAAAUCAACAUCAACGGAAUCUGAACCCAGGCAUGAAGGGUUGGCGGAUGUGCGGAUAAAGGAUGGACCAAAGAAAUUAUGCAUGCCAGAUCCUUAUGGAAUCGCUCAAUGCUAUGCUAGGUAGUUCAAUGACUCCUGCCAAGUGGCCUGCAAAAUCCUCAAAUGG